UGUCAUCGUUUGGAGGAAAAAGGCAAAACAAUCUUUUUAUCCUUUUGACCGGGCGGCUUUUUGGAUAUCCUGGGUUGCGGUGCUAGGAAACUUUCAAAUGUAGACUAGAAUAUUAAUUACGACCCGAAAACAGUUUCUAAAAACUCGCGGCAAUCCCGAUAAAUGUAUCUUAUUCCAGCAGUUUGCAAUACAUUGCACAGAAAGCCGGGUUUUCUUUUCUCGUGUCGUCAUAUCUGAAUAUGGAGUCCAAAUACAUUUUGAAAAAGUCGUCAGUUGGGACAAGGGUCGGCGGUGCGGAUUUCAACUACCGGGCCGGCCGCUCCGUUCUGCGCGAUACCAGGGUCCUCAUGGUGGAAAAAGGCAGUUCCAUGCAAGCGUACACGCACGGCCCAAUCCUUUAUAAAUUUGCUGUGGACGACUUGGCAUCGGAGGUGAAAAAGGACGGCGGUUGGUCCAAAGGGAGCGGACUAUGUCCAGGUGGUCGAAUUAUACAGGACGUGGAAAAAACUGGCCUGAGGGACCAAAAAGACGCUGGUUCCACUGGAAUUCUGAAGAGGGCUAGUUCAACUCCCAAUCCAAGCCUAAAUGGGCAGUUGCCAGGCAGCUACAUGCAUUUGGACACCAGAAACCCAGGGAAACAGGCAGAGCCGGCCAGCAACUUCAAGGCAGCACAAGGCCAGCAAGCACCACAGGCUGAAAAACAGCCCCUUCCCUCCUCUCACAUCCCUGUUCCCAGAAACAGGAAACCUUCAGGUCAUGCUGACAAAGAGGUGAUGGCUGCCACUGUCCUGACGUCACUGUCCACGUCCCCUUUGGUGCUCUACCCCUCCUCUGCACCCACAGUCUCAGAUCCAGCCAAUAAAACUUGGAAAGAGGUGCUAUCUACCAGCUACAGCAGUUCAACCAGCGGCAACUGGAGCUGGGAUGCCAGUGACCAAUCGGUGCCAUCGACGCCUUCUCCACCACUUUCCAAUGAUAACAGCAAGAGCUUCCUCUCGUCCCAAAGUGAUGAUGUCAGCGAGGAUACCACAGAGAGCACGCACUUCAUGUUUGAGGACCCCAUACCCCGCAAGCGGAAGAACUCCAUGAAAGUGAUGUUUAAAUGCUUGUGGAAAAACUGUGAAAAGGUACUCAGCACCUCCUCAGGGAUCCAGCGACACAUUCGCACCGUCCACUUGGGGCGAAACACAGACUCGGACUACAGUGACGGAGAGGAAGACUUUUACUACACAGAGGUUGAAGUCAACAUGGACAGCCUAACAGAGGGCUUGUCUAGCCUCACACCCACCUCCCCCACCACCACUGGUCCUCCCCCCAUCUUUCCUCCACCACUCAGCGACCCCUCCCACUCCGAGCACAUUAGCAUGAACGGCUUUCAGAGUCACGCCCCCUCGCUGCUCAGUCAAUCAGCCCCCUCCACGCUCUGCCACAUCCGCACUGACCAUGCCUAUCAGGCCACCGCUCCAGUGAGUAUCCCAGUGGGUCCUGAGCUGGCUGGGAUAGGCAAUGGUAAUGGAAUCGGGCCUGGAACUGGAACAGAGAAUGGCAUCAGUGUGCCGUGGCAGUCCCCUCCUUACAUUUUUAAAGGAGUAUCGGGGCCUGUGACUCACGUUCGUACUGUUGGUGUGGGGGAAAAGCGGCAGCCAUCAGUUACCCCUCACACCCCUGUCAAGAACCAAGCUUUAAAUACGCCGGCUCCUAAAUCCACAUCAGGAACCAGGAAACCCCGUGGGGAGGCUAAGAAGUGCCGAAAGGUGUACGGCAUGGAGAAGAGAGACAUGUGGUGCACAGCCUGUCGCUGGAAAAAAGCCUGUCAGAGAUUCAUCGACUAAUCCAGCCCCCACCAACCCGACGAGCUGGUCCACACCCGGAGCGACAGCGAGGUGGACUCUUUCACUGAGGAGAUGAGGGCAGCUUUGCUUUUGGUGGAGUUGUCAGUGCUGCUUCCUCCAGGCCAGCAAAGGGGCUUUGCCUUCUUUCUUUUUUUUGUUUUUUUCCAACAUAGUGUCAAUACACAAACUGCUUAGUAGAACAAAAAGUAAACCGAAUAUAUUACGCAGGUUUCUUUUUUUUUUUUUACAAGGUUAGAGAUCUUCCGCUCACAGCAAAAUAAGGAACAACAAAAGAAGAGAAAAAAAAUCUGUAAAUUGGACUCUGAUACUUCAAAUAAUGUGUUGCUUUCACUUCCUUCAACUUUUUGCAAAGGUUGAUGACUACAGAUAAGCUUUUGUAUAUUAUGUUCAGUACAAGAGCUUCAUGUAAGCUACUAUUGAUGGGUGGGGGGAAUCGGGGGGGGGGGGGGUGUAAAAGCUGGAGCGCAUCUGUUUAAGGGAAAUUUCGCCUUUUUUUCACUUUGAACCAUGAUGUUGGGCUCACUGGAGAGCGACCACAUGUUUGAACUCCGCUCAGUGUCGAACCAGUUGGUCAUGGAGGGACUCCGGAAUCGCCUCCCAGGCUUUCUUGUACAUUUGCGGAGCUGCACAGAACCCGUCACACCACGUGGUACGGAGAGUUUCGCUCUGAUGUUCCAAAAUGUUUUUGCCAGAGAUGUACUGAAAUAUAUUUCAUGCUCUUAUUCUUUUUAUGAGAUACGCACCUUGAAGACAAACAAAAAAACAUGUCCCCCAUUACUUUGAGCGUCAUUAUAACCCCAAGAAAGAGGGGGGACUCCUCCAUCCAAUAGAAUUAGUUUUCAGCUGCUGAAGCAGCUAGCAGUCAUGUUGUGCAAUCAGAGGAACAACAGCAUUUAAUAUUUUCAGUCUUGCUUUGUGGAGGUGCCAGUGAGUCGCGGUAAAGGCACAUUUUAUGAUGUUUUUGUUUCCUAAUGGCAACUGAUGUUCUUAAAGAGAUUGUUUACAACAACUUGAUGUGAAUCACUGCCCUUUGAAAUGAUCGCUGGCAGUCUGACUGAUGUUCAUUGUUUAUGUAGGAAACCAACGUUGAGUUUGUAACCCAACAAUCACUACCUGAUGAGUUCAAGGAUCCGUCAAUCAAAAGGGAGAGUUUUUCUCCCGAGUCCCGCUGUAGCGUGCAUUCGACAAAUGCGCCAACAACCACGCCCACUUUCAGGGAAUGCCGAGCAUGGCCUCGCUUUUCUCAAAGAUUGAAUUCUUUCAACCCAAAAUAUGAGAUAUAAAAGCCAUAUUAUAGAAUUCAUAAUCAAAUCCAAGCAAAGCAUGGAUGCUGGCGGUCGGCUACGGACCGAUUUAUAUAUAGGAGUGCGUGUAGUAUGAAUUGAAAAAUAUUUAACCUUUUAAAAAGGCCUGUAAUGCAAGCCUAGUUCCAUAGAUAAUCGACAAACUGUAGAUUAUACACAGUUUCUGCUUAAAUCUUAUGAUAUAAAAGUGUUUCUUUAAAGGCAAAACCUUCAGCAAUCAUCGGGGAAUUUGUAAAAUUAGUUUUGUUUUUCUUUAUUGAAACAGAGUUAGAGAAUUAGAGGAGGAAAAAAAAAAGAAGUGAUUUUUAAAAAAUGUCAACCCUUUUCUGACGACACACUUGUGUAAUCUCUUUGUCUCUUUUUGUGCGAUGAUGGAAAAAAAGAAAUGCAGAUGACCGUCAGAGAUCCCAUGAGUAGUUUUUACCUGUAUCCCCCCCCCUUUAUUUUUAAUCAUUUGUAGUUUACUUUUCCAAACUUUUCCCAAGCUAACCAAUUUAAUUAUUGUAGUUUAAAUUACUUGGACGAAUGACAAUGCUAAUUUUUGCUGUUUCUGUGAUUGUUUGUUUCCCAGAAACCAAAUGAACUGGUGGUAACCCCCCCCCCCCCCCCCCCAAAGAAUUUCAGGAAUUCAAGUCAGAUGUGUUGGAAGUUCAAAAGUAAAACAAAAUCUUUACGUCAGAGUCAUGAAAUAGAUGUUUAAGGAGAUUGACACUUCUGCUGUAUAUUAGCUGGUUCAGCUGCGUAUCCUCUGUCAGCCUCCAUGUCUGACUGUGCAGCUCCACUUCAGACGCCUGUCGCCGUAGAAACACCUUUUUGUUUCCGCCCCGCCACACUCGAGCAUCACACGUGUGCUGCCCAAUCUCUAUUGUGAGCCCCCCCAGCAGGUCAGUGGGUUGCUGUGGCAGUAGAUGGUGACGUCUCCCUGAGUUCCUGCUGCAGGGCUUCUUCACGAUCCUUGAUGUUUGUUUCAGUGGAAUCCCAGAUAAGCUAGGUCAGAAGGCCUCUUCCAGUCAGAAACUUGACCAACUUCACCAAGUGCCAAUGAGAAGACUUUAAACAGGAAAAGGCAUACUGACCUGAUGAAAUUGCACUACACUGCACUGCGCAAAGACAUGUUUUUAUACAUGGAUAUUUUAUAUACACACAUUUUAUAGUACAAAAGGUAUUUUUUUGUUUUCAAGGGGAUGGGAGGGGUUGAAUCACUGCCUGGUGGAAGAAAUGGGGUUUCAGGGAUAGGGGGUCAAGAACCUCUGGGUUCCCCAUUUUUUAUUUUUUAUUUUAUUUGGCAAGUGAUGGUAACAGUUAAUGCCUUCCUAUUGGUGUCAGAUGUACUCAGCACAGUGUUGGCAGUUUUUGGUGCGCGGUACUGGAAGUACAGUGUGGUACUCAGAUGUAGUCAGUCCCUAUGCGUUUCUUUGGUUGAGUGCCAAGUGCUGAAAGCAACGCCAGCUUUGUAGUAAUGACAGGAAAACAGUAGUUUCCGUCUGUAGCUUACACAGUAUCAUCAAUAACAGACAAUCCAUUACAGGGUCCCACUGUCUGGAGAGUUUAUUUACCACAAUACUCACUUUUGUGUCCGUAAAUCCAAUAGCUUUGUGCCUCUAAAAAAACAUGCAUAAAAAGGGCUCUGCUUCUAAACAUAAUACUGAGCUGUUUUUUUUUUUUUUUUUACUUCUAUAUACUGUCUUUAGUGCUGGAGACCACUUCUGAUCAUGUUCCUUUGGUUUGCUCAUUGAGACCGUGUCAAAUGCCAGCCUUUAGGCCUUCUCCAUCUAUGCAAAGCACCAGCAGAGUUAGAGAGCGGCGCUCUGGCCGGCCUCCACUUGAGCCGUUUGCCCUGGAAACCAAAGCGGCUCUUUGCCCUUUAGCCACCGUUCUGCCUUUUCAAGUUUCCUCAUAGUAGCUCGUGAUAACUCAGAGACGUGUCACUCAUUCAGAUCUCAGAGCAGACUCGGCCACCAGCCAGAAGAAAAGGAAAAAAAAAAACAAUGCACACAUUGUGAGGAUGGUCUUUUUCUCUUAAAAACAAAAUGUCUUCAACCUGCAAACCGGUGGGUGGAGAACGGCCUGAACGGCUGGUUGAUGUUUGCGGAAAAGGUAGAUGGAAAGCACAGCGGCAAAGAGUUUUUUUUCUGGUUGCAGUUUCAGGGCUUUUUCUUUUGUACAUAAAGCAGCAUUAAGAGAUCAGUGAGCUUUUUCAUAUUUUGUUGUUUAUGUUUGUUGUUGUAUCUUUGUUUUAUGAAAAGGAUUUUUCUUUUUACAUUGCAGUUACUCAAAAAAAUCUUUUUCUUUGAUGUUAAUGAGAAGCUAAGGAGAAGUGAUGUAGUGUAUAUUGUAGCUUAGAGGAAAAGGGGAGGAAAAAGAUAUCCUGUUGAAUGUAAGACAAAAAACUUUUAUUUUGGAGUAAUUUUGGCUAGUUUGUACGGCCUGUUGUGAUCUGUAGUGCAUCCUGAUUUUGAUAUCCAAACUCAUUAUACUCGGAUUUCUGUUGCUGAACUGCUGUUUAAUAUAGAUUAAUGCAACCACACAGUAUUGCUCUACUAUCUUUGUGCAAUGAGAUGCUUUACUUUGGAACAAGGGCUUGCUUGCUUUUUGGUGUAAUCUGGUUUCUUGCUCUCACUGCUGCUGAUGUCUCUUUCACGAUGAGACGAAAGACUCCCCGUUUGGGUCAUGAAGUCGUUGUUUGGACGACUUUCCGAAAAGUGACCUUGUGUGAGUCGUUCUCCUGCACCGCACAUUCCAGCAGACGGCAUGCUUUCCCUGUCUUCCACUUGCUUCCAGUUUCCAGCAGUUCCUCUGCCAUCACCUCGGCCUUCUGCAGUUCCUGUUUUUGUGCUUCUUGGCUUGACUGUGGUUCCACCCAAGCCCUUACCCAGUAUAUUAAGCUAAACUAAACCCUUUAAAUGUGCAUGAAAAAUGCCUUUUUUUGUCAUUUUUUUCGUUUUUGUCAACAAUGGAUGUGCUGCUUUCUUGAAUGUUUUCAUUUGUGCAUAAAACUGCAGCAGCAAAAAGCCAAUGUAUCUCCAUCCAAAUCAAAUGUAACGCAUAGCAAUGGCAGCUCCACUCCACUCUGCUCGUAUUGUCUGUCCAAGUGUUUAACCCGACUCCUUCUGUGUGACGACCUUCAUCUCUGCUGUUGUGUUUUCGUGCAGCCGUCCUCCGGCUGCUGUAAAAACUCCCCCUUUUCUCUUUCUUUUGAUUGAUUGUCUUGGUUGAGUUUGAGUUUAUUUUGCAUGUCUACCCAUAUUCGUGAUUUUCAUAUUCUUCUUUUUUUUUUUUUUUUUGUCUUUUGGGAGAUGCAACACUGAAGGGUUUUACGUGUUAGACUUCCGCUCUCAGUAUCUAGCGACUCAAAGCGGAUGUUGGGGGGUGAUUUUUUUUUCUUUGUUUUUUUUUCCCCUCUUUGCGGGGAAAAACAAAGCAUCAGCUUUGGGUCUUCACUUGGCAAAAUGUCUCGUGCAUGUGGGCCCGGCCGCUGGUCUGCAUCAGCUGUCCCGCGUGCACCGAGAAAGCACUUUCUGAAGAGUGCUGCACUCAUGGAGUAAAUGCGUGAAUGUUAAGACUUUGACUAGUGUUUCAAAAGAUGGAUGACUAUGUAUGAUGCUCAUAAUGUGAUUUAUGUGAUGUAACGUGACAGAAAGAAAUAAAGCUGAAUGGAAAAA